GCAUACAUAUAAGUCGCUAGUUUAAGUGUCAAGUAUAAUAAUAUUUUACGCAAUCAUGCCGAAGAGGAAAGCUGCGACUCAAAUCUCGGGGUUGGUCGAUUCCGACGACGAUACUGGCGAUAUCAUCGCAGUCGCGUCGCAUUCCGAAUCACCAGAUGAACGACCUGUGAAGAAAGCCAGAGGCAGACCUAAAUCGACCGGAGUCAAGGUCGAGGAACAAACAGCAGCAUCUAAAAGUACGCGCUCCUCAUCAGCUGCACCAGUGAAGCAGAAUGUCCCCGCAAAGAAAGUUUCGAACCGAGGACGGCCUCGAGCAGCCACCGCAGAGCCUGAAACCACUGGCCAAGAUAGUGACGACGGAUUGGACUUUCAUGAUGUUGCUAAAGAAGCAAGUGCUUAUGAAGAGGAAAUCGCUGCGCAGGAAGAAGUAUCACCAGUCAAAAAGAGGAGGGGUAGGCCGCGAGAAUCUGAAAGUAAUAGGAAACAAACGCACGUGACGGAAGACGGUGAAUUUGAAUAUACACCAACAGCGUCGCGACAAUUCAAGCCCACCGAAGAAUCUAGCAAACCUACCAAACCCCGUGGUAGGCAACGGAAAUCCGUGACGGAAGAGCCUGUGAUUCCCGACAGCCAAAACCCAGCAGACGAGAUAGAAUCUUCAGACAAGAGGUCUAGCAUAGGCUCCCCUUUGAAAUCUUUGACUAAUGGUGAGAGGCCUGGUCGGAAACGUGCAACUGUCACUUUCGCAGACACCGUGGAAAAGGCAUCAUCGGACCCGGAUCUGAGACGCAAGCUCGGCGACAUGACAAAGAAGUACGAGACGCUGGAAUUGAAGUACCGCAACUUGCGAGAAAUUGGUAUUGUGGAGGCCAAUGCCAAUUUUGAGAAAAUAAGAAAACAGUGUGAAAGCGCUACGAAUGUUUCAAACAAACUUGUGGAGUCUCUAAAGGAAGAGCUUGCUGCUCAGAAAGUACUAGGGAAAGAAUCUCGGACCUUGCAGAAGCAACUACGACAGCGGGAUAUAGAGGUGAAUACACUUCAAUCACAGGUCGGUGAUCUGUCGACACAAUUGUCAACGGCCCAAACAGAAAUCAAAGCGUUGCAGACAAAAUUGGCAGCAGCAAGGAACAGUUCUGUGCCAAACGAUUCCUUGAAUAACAAGGGCCCCGGAAGCGCUGUCAAAAGCGUUGCAAAUCGCAAUGCUGCAGCAGGUGUUGCAGCUGAGGCGGCUCAAGCUGCUCAUCUUGCGCAAUUGAAAGAGGACUUGUAUAGUGAUUUGACUGGCUUGAUCAUUCGAAAUGUCAAGAAAAGAGACGCAGACUAUCUUUACGACUGUAUUCAAACUGGUGCGAAUGGAACUCUACACUUCAAACUUGCUGUUGCGCACGAUGGAAACGGCAACAUGGCUUCCAAUUUUGAUACGACCGAGUUCCAUUAUAUGCCCCUUUUGGACUCUAAUCGCGAUGCAGAUCUAGUUGAGAUUUUACCAGACUAUCUUACUGUGGAUAUUACGUUUUCGCGGCAGAACGCAUCGAAAUUCUACACGAGGGUUAUGGACUCCCUCACGAAACGACGUAUUGAUCCAGAUGAGUAAUGGAGUUGAAGUAUGCAUUGGGCGCUGGGCUUGGAGUAUUGAAUUAUUGGCUUAUUGGUUUUGGGUCUGUUAAUGCGUUCGAUGUUGGAUAUUCUUCGUUCUUGCUCUUCCUUUCUGGCUGUGGAUGACUCCAUACAAGUCUUGGAGAUUGCUUUUGUUUCAGUAGUUCGAUAAUCGCUUGAGAACUUGAACGUUAAAUGUUCAAUGUUUACUGCCAUUCAUCG